ACGGAACUUUCACACAAUCUGCAACAAUUGUCAGAAAAGGCACGCUCCACAACAGAGUUUAUACAGCGGCUAAAAGGAAUGAGUGACAAAGUAACGGAAUCCUGCAUAGAAUUCGAAAGACUGGUCACUGCCCAAUGUGAGGCCCUCAUCCAAGCCAUACAUGAUCGCCGUGAAUAUCUAUUAGAGGCCAUACGCAUGGACAAAGAGACGAAAAUAAGAAUAUUAAAGGAUCAACAAUCAAAUUGCACCGGCAAACUGCAACAGACCACAGGGCUUAUCCAAUUCUGCAUUGAGGCCUUAAAAGAGACUGAUAGCGCUGCAUUCUUGCAGGUUGGUUCAAUGCUAAUAAAUCGUGUUGCCAACACCGACAUGACCUGGCACCAAGAAGUUACCAAUGCUGCACCGAGAGUAUCCCCCAUUGUAGACUUGACGCUGGAUGAUGCUGCGGUUUUGAGAUCAAUUGAUAAUUUGAAUUUCAUACAAAUGAAACCUGCCAAAGAUGGAGAUGAAAGGCUGCCAGCAGGUGAGAUGCUUGAUGAACACUAUAUCAGCAAUACAUCAUCAUUUACCACAUCCAUACUGUCCACCAAUACUGUCAUCAAUGCCUCAUUGUUAGACAACACCACAAACAACACCAACAAUAUAAAUUGCAACAACCACACCAACAACCACACCACCACCAAUAAUUCCACCAUAACCAACCUGAUGACGGCUAUGGCAAUCAAUGAUUGCAAUAAGACCUCAACACUACGUUCCACCAAAUCCUAUAAAUCAUCAUCAUCAUCUUCCUCCUCAACAACAUUAUCUCUGAAAAUGAAUGCCUUUAGAAAAUUGAUCAACUACGAUGAAACGAUAUCAUGUACGCAUACCAAUUUGCCAUUAUCCUCUACUUGUUGUAUUCCUCCUCAACCACCUGCAAUUAUACCCGAAGAUUGUUCAGCGGAAAAUAACUCCGUUACUGUGGCGUGGCAGGCACCAAAUCAUUCCUUUGUUGAGGGCUAUGUCUUGGAGCUGGACGAUGGCAGCGGUGGAGAAUUUAGGGAAGUUUACUGCGGCAAAGAGACCAUUUGCACCGUUGAUGGCCUACACUUUAACUCCAUGUACAAUGCCCGUGUCAAGGCUUUCAAUAGUGCCGGAGAGGGUGAAUACUCGGAACUUAUUGGCUUGCAAACGGCUGAAGUUGCCUGGUUUACCUUCGAUCCUGUCUUAAGUGGUGGUCCCGGUUCUGGUCUAAUCUUCAGCAAUAAUAAUGCCACCGUCUCUGUGGAGGGCUGGGAGCAUCGUGUCGCCUUGGGUUCCGUUGGUUUCUCACGUGGCAUCCACUAUUGGGAAUUCACAAUUGACAAUUACACCGCCGACACAGAUCCAGCCUUUGGUGUGGCUCGCAUUGAUGUUAAUCGCAAUAAAAUGUUGGGUAAAGACGAAAAAUCCUUUGCCAUGUACAUCGAUCGCCAGCGUUCAUGGUUCCAGCAUAAUUCGGUGCAUGAGCGACGUGUCGAGGGUGGCAUCAGCACGGGCAGCACCAUUGGUGUGCUUUUGAAUUUGGAACGGCAUACAUUGAGUUUUUUGGUUAAUGGCAUGCCUCAGGGUUCCAUUGCAUUCCGUGAUUUAUAUGGUGUAUUUUAUCCGGCUGUGAGUAUUAAUCGCGGUGUUACCUUAACAUUGCACACGGCCUUGGAUGCACCACAAAUGGAUUACUUUUGAAUUAAGAAAGGCAAAGCAGGAGGUGGAGGAUAACUGAAAUGAAAAGGAAACCGAGGAAGAAGAAAAUGUUCUCUGUAAAUAUUUGUUUAAUUAUAAGGUUUGUAUAUUGAGUGUGUUUUUUAUCAUUGAUGAAAAUCGUAUAUAUAUUUAAAUGUUUAUUAUUAUUAUUAUUAUAAUUAUUAUAUAGUUGGUAGUAGUUACAUAUCUAAAUUAAAAAUAAUAAUAUAAUUGAAAUUGUGUAGUGGUGUUAGGUACAAUGUCUAAGAGAUUUAUGAAAACAAAAAAAAAUUGAAAGGGAAAGGUAAAAAAUAUUUCAUUAAAUGAUGAGAACAGAACUAGAACCGAAAAUCAAA